AAGGCAGCAAAGGCCAUGACAGAAGCCUGGGAUGUGGCUGCAUUUGCUGCCCGCCGGCUCAAUGACGAUGAUGAAACCACUAGAGACAGUGUGUUUAUUUACACCAACAGCAACAAUACUCGUGGCCCUUUUGAAGGUCCAAACUAUCACAUUGCACCACGAUGGGUCUACAACAUCACAUCUCUCUGGAUGAUCUUUGUGGUCAUUGCCUCAGUCUUCACCAAUGGUUUGGUAUUGGUGGCCACUGCCAAAUUUAAGAAGCUACGGCAUCCACUCAACUGGAUUCUGGUGAACUUGGCAGUAGCUGAUCUGGGUGAGACAGUUAAUGCCAGCACCAUCAGCGUCAUCAACCAGAUCUUUGGCUAUUUCAUCCUUGGCCAUCCCAUGUGUGUGGUGGAAGGAUAUACAGUGUCUGCUUGUGGCAUCACAGCUCUCUGGUCUUUGGCCAUUAUCUCCUGGGAGCGCUGGGUUGUUGUCUGCAAGCCUUUUGGAAAUGUCAAGUUUGAUGCCAAAUUGGCCAUGGUUGGUAUUGUCUUCUCCUGGGUGUGGUCUUGUUCCUGGACAGCACCACCCAUCUUUGGCUGGAGUAGGUACUGGCCGCAUGGUCUGAAGACAUCGUGUGGUCCAGAUGUAUUCAGUGGCAGUGAUGACCCUGGUGUUCAGUCUUACAUGAUUGUGCUCAUGAUCACCUGCUGCUUCAUCCCACUGAGUGUCAUCAUUCUCUGCUACCUUCAAGUGUGGCUGGCUAUCCAUGCAAUUGCUGCCCAGCAGAAAGAGUCAGAAUCUACACAGAAAGCUGAGAGGGAAGUGUCAAGGAUGGUGGUGGUCAUGAUCCUUGCCUAUUGCUUCUGCUGGGGACCAUACACAUUCUUUGCCUGUUUUGCUGCUGCCAACCCAGGAUAUGUCUUCCACCCCCUUGCAGCUGCCCUACCUGCCUAUUUUGCAAAGAGCGCCACCAUGUACAAUCCUAUUAUCUAUGUCUUCAUGAACAGACAGUUCCGUAACUGCAUAUUGCAACUCUUUGGCAAGAAGGUAGAUGAUGGCUCUGAAGUCUCCUCCACCUCCCGUACUGAGGUCUCCUCUGUCUCUAACUCUUCUGUAUCACCAUCAUAA